GUCGCCCCGGCACGUUCAACAUAGAGGCGCGCACCAACGCGCGCAGCUCGAUCCGCGAUUCGCCUCACCUCACCAACCCGGGCGCCUCGCGUCGGCCAUUGACCUCCACUGCCAUAAUCCCAACAGUAGCGCCCCCCGCCGCGUGCGGCAGAUGGCAACGGCCGCCUCCGCCUUCGCCUCCCCCGCCGGGCUCGGCGCCAAAACCCCAGCCCUGGGGCCGCAUCCGAGCCCGAGCCCGAGCCCGAGCCUCUCAUUCCCGAGGCCCACCCCCCGCGCCUCCGGCAGGCUCCUCGCCAGCCUCCACCUCGGCGGCGCCAUCAGCAGUACCGCCGGCAACGGCAGCGGCCUCCACGUGGCCCCCGCGAUCGCCCCGCUCGCCGCGCCCAAGAUGGCCGGCGCCAUAGGUGCCCACAAGAGCGUCCUUCUCUUCUACUGCGAGGAGAUGAAGGAGCUCGCCCAGCAGGUGGUCGCCAGGAACGACGACAUCGAGCUGCGCUCCAUCUCCUGGAGGACAUUUGCUGAUGGGUUCCCAAAUUUGUUCAUCUCGAAUGCUCACAGCAUUCGUGGGCGACAUGUUGCUUUUUUAGCAUCAUUUAGCUCGCCCAGUGUUAUAUUUGAGCAACUAUCAAUCAUAUAUGCUCUUCCGAAGUUGUUUAUUUCUUCAUUUACUCUUAUACUCCCAUUUUUCCCAACUGGGACUUCCGAGCGUAUGGAAGAUGAAGGAGAUGUUGCCACUGCCUUCACACUUGCUAGAAUUUUGUCAAAUAUACCAAUAUCACGAGGUGGACCUUCAAGUUUAGUGAUUUUUGAUAUCCACGCUUUGCAGGAGAGAUUCUACUUUGGAGACUCAGUCUUACCAUGUUUUGAGAGUGGCAUCCCCUUGCUGAAAAGUAGACUUCAGGAGCUUCCUGAUUCCCACAAUAUAACCAUAGCUUUUCCAGAUGAUGGUGCAUGGAAGCGCUUCUAUAAGCAACUUCAACAUUUUCCUAUGGUAGUAUGUAACAAAGUUAGAGAAGGGGAACAGAGAAUUGUGCGGAUAAAAGAGGGAGAUCCCAGAGGCCGUCAUGUUGUUAUAGUCGAUGACUUGGUGCAGUCUGGUGGUACUUUAAUUGAGUGCCAGAAAGUAUUGGCAGCACAUGGGGCAGCAAAGGUCAGUGCAUACGUGACACAUGGCAUCUUCCCGAAUAAUUCAUGGGAGAAAUUUCAGCAUGAUAAUGGAGAGGGUCCGGAGCAUGGCCUGAGCCACUUUUGGAUUACCGAUUCAUGUCCUCUUACUAUCAAGGCGGUCAAAGACAGGCGGCCAUUUGAAAUUCUAAGUCUUGCCGGAUCUAUUGCCUCUGCUCUUCAUAUUUAGUGCAGUUCAUUCUUCUUUUUUCCAUCCUUUGAGCCUCUUGGAAUUUUCUUUCAUCCAACCAGAAAGGGUUUUGUUGAACUAUUUACGCUUUAUCACUAUACAACCUCAAAGGAUGGAUCUUCGCAACAGGGCGCAUUCGUCAAUAACAUUGGUAGGAUAGUCUGCUUAAUAAUUUGAGCGACAGAUCAUUUGUGUCGAGCUGUGUUCUACUCUCGAAUAAAUUUCAGUGUGUUUCCUUGUUGCA